AUGAGAUCCCUGAAACACCUCAAACAUCACUCCAGGAACAAUGUGGAGGAGGAGAGUAGCCGCUUGGUGCGGACAUACCCCAAGAUGACUGAGGGCCAAAUGGAUGUAGGCACACAGACGGAGCCUGUGGUGGUGCUAUCUCUGGCUCAGGCUGCCGUUCUUGGACUCAUCUCCCAGAAUGAAAUCUUUGGGGCCACCAUAGCUCCUAAUGGCUUUUACACAGGUGAGCCCAGAGAGUGCAACCCUCCGCCACAAGAGGCAAUGGAGUACGAGUAUGCGGACCAGCUAAUAGGGGCAAAUGGAGACUAUCUGGCUGAGCCAGCAGGAGAGCCGGAGCCACAGCCCCACUGCAGCGAGAGAAGGCGACCUGGGCCUCGUGGGAGAACCAAGAGGCCCAGGAGUGACAGUGAACUGGAGGGUCACCCACACAUAGUACCAAGUCCACAGGCUCAGGUUAAAGGUGAGCGUCUGGAGUCUGAUACUCCUCCUUCCUGCAUUCACAAAUCUCACAGCAAGUCAGAGGAUCCAGUCACUCAACAAGCUUGCCUGAAAGAGGAGCAGGCCUGUGGAAACUGUCCCUCAUGUGUGCGAGACACAUCCAGGCCGCAAACAGAUGGACAGCCAGAACAGGAACAAGAAGUAAACACUGGCAGAGAAGGAGAGAGGAAGGAAGAGGAGCUGGUGGUGGAGGAAGAGGAGGAGGAGGCUCUGAACCUCAAGACCAGCGGGGAGAACAGCAGUCCUCUGGAGAACCGCUACUAUGAGUCAAAUGAGGUGUCCUAUGAAUCCUCUGAGAUGGCCCUGCCUGGAGAGUAUGAGGACAACAGCCAGGCCAUGCUGUGGUCAGACCCAGAGGGCCUUGCCAGGCGAAUGCAGAUCGACCGUCUGGACAUCAACGUUCAGAUUGAUGAGUCUUACUGCGUAGACGUAGGAGAGGGUCUCAAACGCUGGAAGUGCCGCAUGUGUGAAAAGUCAUAUACGUCCAAGUACAACCUCGUCACCCAUAUUCUGGGCCAUAAUGGAAUUAAGCCGCAUGAAUGUCUACACUGUGGAAAGCUCUUCAAGCAGCCGAGCCAUCUCCAGACUCACCUGCUCACCCACCAGGGAACCAGACCUCACAAGUGCACCGUUUGUGAGAAGGCCUUCACGCAGACCAGCCACCUGAAGAGGCACAUGCUGCAGCAUUCGGACGUCAAACCCUACAGCUGUCGCUUCUGUGGUCGAGGAUUUGCCUACCCUAGCGAGCUGAGGACCCAUGAGAAUAAACACGAGAAUGGUCAGUGCCACGUUUGCACCCAGUGCGGUCUGGAGUUUCCAACGUACGCGCACCUGAAGCGCCACUUGACCAGCCAUCAGGGCCCAACCACAUACCAGUGUACAGAGUGCCACAAGUCUUUUGCAUACCGCAGCCAGCUACAGAACCACUUGAUGAAGCACCAGAAUGUACGGCCUUACGUUUGCCCUGAGUGCGGCAUGGAGUUUGUCCAGAUCCACCACCUUCGGCAGCAUGCUCUCACUCACAAGGUACUGGCAGCGCAAACCCUCGCACCUAAGGGUAUGAAAGAAUUCAAGUGUGAUGUCUGUGCCAGAGAGUUCACCCUGUCUGCCAACCUGAAGAGACACAUGUUGAUCCAUGCCAGUGUGAGGCCUUUCCAGUGCCACGUCUGCUUCAAGACCUUUGUCCAGAAACAGACCCUCAAAACACACAUGAUUGUCCACCUGCCCGUCAAGCCUUUCAAAUGCAAGGUGUGCGGAAAGUCUUUCAACAGAAUGUACAACCUCCUCGGUCACAUGCAUCUCCAUGCCGGCAGCAAGCCCUUCAAGUGCCCUUACUGCACCAGCAAGUUCAACUUGAAGGGCAACCUCAGCCGACACAUGAAGGUCAAACAUGGCAUCAUGGACACCUCAAUAGACGGUCAAGAGCCCCAACAAGACCCAGAAGGCCAGGAGGACUUCGAAGAGGAGAGCUUUGAUUUCAGUGAGCGAGAAAACCGGGCUAACAACAACAACACUCCAGACAUUGCUAAAGUCUCUCAAAUGGAGUAUUACAACACCUAUGGAAAGGGCGCAGGGCGCUUCAGCACCCCAUGAAUUGUUUAAAGGACCCCAAAGUUGAAUAGAAGUGUGAAAUAAUGAAAAGAGGAUUGUGGGCUUGGGAUGUUCUUCAAGGUUGGGAAAAAACCCAGAAAACUGCACAUUCAUAUGCACUGGAAUUACUCAUCCUGCAACAAAUUGUGGAAAUGUUUACGUUUCACAUGAUCAUGUCAUCUCGAAAAAGCAGCAAAUCUACUGAUAAUAUAUUAAAGUGAACUGUCCUAAACAGGAGCAUUAAAGUAAAAAAUUCUAUAUAAA